AUGUGGAUCUCUUCGAGACCUCGAACGGGAAUCAGGGUGGACGGACAACCGAUAGAACUCGUCGAUGAGUUCUGUUACCUGGGCUGUAUGCUGAAGAACAACGACAGCUACGAGAGAGAUGUUCAGCAAAAGUGCGCUGAGGUCACUUCUGCAUUUAACUCCUUAUCGAAGUGCCUGUGGUCGAUCUCCAUCACCAACGAAGUCAAGCUGCGAGUCUACCGAUCCGCAGUUCGCCCCAUCAUGAUGUACAGAUCGGAGACUUGGGCAGCACCAUCAACGGUUGUGGAGAGGCUUGAUUACACGGAACGAAAGCUACUUAAAUGGCUAUUUGGCUACAUUUGGCCUAGGGUAUGCCAAAUGAAGAUCUUUAGGCAGAAAUUGGUGUUGUAUACCGGACACGUGGAAGAUAUCAACAUCUCGCAACGCCAUCGAAAGUGGCUGAAGUCAAUAGUCUUCGCCUCUUUUGUCAUAUAUUAA